UUCAGGAGGAAAUAAUACAACCGUUUGUUUGAGAGGGUCCAUCACCCCACAGCAUUUCACCCACCGGCCACACGGUGUCUGCAUUGGUCCAACAGGAAUUUUGCUAACUAUCACAAUACCCCCGUUCUGUUUCUCUAUGUAGCUAACCAGCAACAUCAGCGAUACUUCAUACCUCAAGUGGCUAGUGCGCGGCACACCAUUAACGGUGACAGUUGCACUGUAUGACAAGCUGUCUGCUCUCCUGAGGUAGACCACUGAUGGAGCAGUGGCCAAUAGGCUCUGGGGACAGUCUACGUAAUGUUUCCGUGUGUUUCCUCCUGGCCCUCUGCUGAGGCGCCGUCGCCCUGUGGCCAUGCCCCCCUGCCCACACACACUCACACACAGCCCCUGCUGUGCAGCGGCCUUGCCCCAACGAUGAACCCUCACUCCCACCCUGUCCCAGACUACAUGGAGUCCCUCAUUGUGGUGACCGAGUACGAGCCCAAGGGGGGUGAGGAGGGGGAGGACAUGGACAGCUCCGAGACCCCUGAGCCUGGCGCACCCCUCUUCAGAACCCCCUCCUGUGACCAGCUGUCCCACGCUGUGGGCCGCCCCGUGGCCCUGUUCCCCAGGCCCCAGGAGCACCGGGGAAGACUAAACUUGUCGGACAGGAAGCUGUCCCUGCAGGAGCGCUCCCAGACGGCCUCGUCUCCCUGCGGCUCCCCAGGGCUCAACGGCCGCUUCAUCUACCCCUCGCUUCCCUACUCGCCCAUCACCUCGCCCCACUCCUCCCCCCGGCUGCCCCGUAGACCCACCGUAGAGUCUCACCGCGUCUCCAUCACUGACCUGCAGGACUGCGUGCAGCUCAACCAGUACAAGCUCAAAGAUGAAAUCGGAAAGGGCUCAUAUGGUGUUGUCAAGCUGGCCUACAAUGAAGAUGACAACACCUACUAUGCAAUGAAAGUGCUGUCCAAGAAGAGGCUGAUGAGGCAGGCAGGUUUCCCACGGAGACCGCCACCCCGCGGCGCCAAAGCAGCCCCUGAAGGCCUCCCUCAGCCCAAAGGACCCCUGGAACGGGUCUACCAGGAGAUUGCCAUCCUGAAAAAGCUGGACCAUCCCAAUGUAGUGAAACUGGUAGAGGUUCUGGAUGACCCUGGUGAGGACCAUCUGUACAUGGUGUUUGAGCUUGUCAAACAGGGGGCUGUGAUGGAGGAGAUGCCCACGGACAAGCCGCUGAAUGAAGACCAGGCACGGUUCUACUUCCAAGACCUGCUCAGGGGGAUUGAGUUCUUGCAUUACCAGAGGAUCAUCCACCGGGACAUCAAGCCCUCGAACCUCCUAGUUGGGGAGGACGGUCAUAUUAAGAUCGCUGACUUUGGGGUCAGUAACCAGUUUGAGGGGGCAGACGCCCUUCUGACCAGCACGGUGGGCACGCCCGCCUUCCUUGCCCCAGAGACCCUCUCCGAGACCAGGAAGAACUUCUCUGGCAAGGCAUUGGAUAUUUGGGCCAUGGGAGUGACGCUCUAUUGUUUCGUGUUUGGAGUGUGUCCCUUUAUGGAUGAACGCAUCCUUAGUCUUCAUCAGAAGAUCAAGACCCAGCCAGUGGAGCUGCCAGAGCAUGCAGACAUAUCUGACGAUCUGAAAGAUCUGCUACUGAAGAUGCUGGACAAGAAUCCAGAGAGCAGGAUAUCAAUACCACAGAUUAAGGUGCACCCGUGGGUGACGAGGCACGGAGCUGAACCCCUCCCUCUGGAGGAUGAUAACUGCUGCAUGCUGAUUGAGGUGACCGAGGAGGAGGUGGAGAACUCUGUCAAACACAUCCCCAGUCUGGCCACUGUGAUCCUGGUGAGGACCAUGCUGAGGAAGCGCUCCUUUGGGAACCCCUUUGACUGGAGCCGUCAGAGGACCGAGGACAGAGGCACCAGUCUGUCUGAACCGGGACACAUGCUGACCCUCUUAAUCUGUCUCCACCCUCUCCUGCCCACCAGCAAAGGGAGAACGGCCAAUGUGAGAUACUGCUACAUUCAUAGUAACCAAAGAAGGAAACAAGAGAGCAUGGAGGGCAUGAGAAGUAUGGACCUGCCCUUCGUGGGAGAGGAUGAGGCUCUUUCCUGAUGCUGUGUGGUUUUUAAGCGCGAGGGUUGGGGCAUGCUAGCGACUCGACUUGCAGUCCGCCCUCAAGCCCACGCUUCACUCACUGCUUUAUGCUGUGGCAGCCACCAAUGUUUUUUUUUUUUUUAGGUGGACGGGACUGUUGGAAGAGCUCCAGGACUUGUAUAGAGACGUGACUGGAGCCUGGACACCCUUCUGGGGGAAGCUCCCUCAUUGUCACUCACUAACCCCUUGUCUGUAAUGCAUGCUCAUGUUUCUAGGCAUAGCAUGCUCUGUCUCAGGCCUCUGAUGUACAGGUCUGUUAGCCUAGGUACCUGUGUUUCUCCACACUCUCCACCAUUUGAAAAGGCUCUCACGUUUACUGCAGUGGUAUGGGGGCAGGAGGGAGGGAGGGGGUGUUUGUGGAUGGUUGUACAUUUCAAAGGGUGACUCCUGGCCCCCACAUUUCAGCAGAGCAGAGUACUUGACUAUUUAUGGUUGUCUGUACCACUCAUCAAUGUGGACAGUUUAGGAAGAUUCAUGUUUUCAGUGGAAACCUGUAUAGGAGAGGUUUAUUGAGAUGAAUAAUGUUUACUACAUUCAUAGUAUGCAUGUGUGUCUGUUGAUUUCUCAAUGCAAACAUUGUAGAAGCGACAUAAGUUGCACAUUUAAUAGAAUUAGUUGUUGCUGCACAAUCUAUUUGUUUUAUUUAUUAAGUCUUCACUAAUGAUUCAUUGUAAAAUGUCUCCCAGUUACUACAACUGGUAAAGAGCUUUUAAAAACGUAAUGAAAGUAAAUGUUUUUAAUAUAUGUGUUUAGCAAAGGGGGUGAUACAGUGUUGAAGCUGAACUCAAAAUCACGUUUGUUUCUUUUUUAUGGUAAUAGAUUUACAGAUCUCAUUUUCAGAACACCAAAAAGAAAAUGGUUAUCAUAUUUUGUUAAGUAAUAGCAUUCAUAGAGAAACAAACACCUUUUAAACAAGUGAAUGGCAAUGUCAUUGUGAAAUUGUAUCAAUUACUGGCUCUUACAAAUACAUUUUAAUACCAAGCAUAUAGCCUAGUGCAGCUGCAGACCUCUUGUACAAUCUAUGCAUGACAUAUCUCUUAUGGAAAUGUUGGAAUUAGUUUGACAUGGAUAAAGUUGUCAUCAGAUAUGGUAAGAUACAAACGAGAUGGUAGAACUUCGACAUUGCCAGUAGAGUGCAAUCUUUUUAAAUUCUCCGCUUUUUCUCAAUUUUUAGAUGAGCCCAAAGUGGUCGAAUAAACCAGUUCUCUAGUGGCAUGUGUUUUUAACCUCUUGCCCUUUUUGCAUAUAGUUAGACAAUGUUGGUGUACAGAUCACUUCAGUCACUGAACAUGUUUAUGAUUCCAUAAGAUAUGAUUGAAACAACAUUAAUUCAACAAUGAAUGCUUCCACAUAGUGAUUAUUUCAGCACCAAAGUGUAAUUUUCUUGCAUGUCACUGCUGUUUGUGAAAACACUGAAUUGUAUGUUGUGUUUUUUAAGACUUACUAUGCACUCUGUUGCAAUGUUGGACCCUCAGUCAGCCUGUCAUGUAUGCUAUGUUGUUAGAUGGUAUCUGAGUGAGGAGGUCUCUGUAUAGCUGACCACUUACAGUGUCUUCAGAAAGUAUUCAUACCUCUUGACUUGUUCCACAUUUUGUUGUGAUACAGCUGGAAUUAAAAAUGAAUUAAAUUGUUUUUUUCUCACCCAUUUACACAUAAAAUGUAAGCAAAUGUAUUGAAAAUGAAGUACAGAAAUAGCUCAUUUACAUAAGUAUUCACACCCUUCAGUCAAUGCAUGUUAGAAUCACCUUUUGCAGUGAUUUCAACUUCUGGGUAAGCAUUUAAGAGCUUUGCACACCUGGAUUGUAGUAUUGGCCCAUUAUUCUUUACAAAAAUGUUCAAGCUCUGUCAUAUAGGUUGUUGAUCAUUGCUAGACAACCAUUUUCAUGUUUUACCAUAGAUUUUCAAGCAGGUCUAAGUCACAACUGUAAAAAUUCACUGUCUUCUUGAUAAGCAGCUCCAGGGUUGAUUUGGCCUUGUGUUUUAGGUUAUUGUCCUGCUGAAAGGUGAAUUUAUCUCCCAGUGUCUGGUGGAAGGCAGACUGAACCAGGUUUUCCUCUAGGAUUUUGCCUGUGCUUAGCUAGAUUUCUUUUUUAUGCUGAAAAACUCCCGUCCUUAACGAUUACAAACAUACCCAUGACAUAAUGCAGCCACCACUAUGUUUGAAAAUAUGGAGAGUGUUACUCUGUAAUGUUUUGUAUUGUAUUUUCCCAAAACAUAACACUUUGUAGUCAAGGCAAAAAUGUAAUUGCUUUGCCAUUUUUUUGCAGGAUAACUUUAGUGCCUUGUUGCAAACAGGAUGCAUGUUUUGGAAUGUUUUUUAUUCGGUAUAUGCUUCCUUCUUAUCACUCUGUCAAUUAGGUUAGUAUUGUGGAGUAACUACUAUGUUGUUGAUCCAUCCUCCGUUUUCUCCUAUCACAGCCAUUAAACUCUGUUUUAAAGUCA